UUUUGGGUGAAGCUGAAUAGAACCUCAUAUCUUUUUGGGUGUCGGAACCUCGUAUGUCUUUGUUUGGGUGAAGGUGAAUAGAACCUCAUUAUCAGAAAUGGAGAAUUUGACGAACGAAGCUCUUGAAGCUCCGCGAGAUUUUGAAAACUUCUCUGCACUCAAUUGUAUCGAUCUUUCAAGCCCAGACAUUCUUAACUCUGUUUCUUUACUCAAACAGGCAUGUUUGGAUUCUGGGUUUUUCUAUGUGAUCAAUCAUGGAAUCAGCCAGGAAUUUAUGGAUGAGGUUUUUUACCAAAGCAAAAGUUUUUUUGAUCUACCAGUAAGUGAGAAAAUGAAGGUUCUUAGAAACAAGAAACAUCGAGGGUACACUCCCCUUUUCAAUCAAAGUUUGGAUCCUGGCAAUCAAAUACAUGGAGAUUAUAAGGAGGGAUUUGUGAUUGGAAUAGAAGUACCUGAAAAUGAUCCUGACAUAGAAAAGCCAUUAUACGGACCAAAUGUCUGGCCCCCUUCUGAUGUCUUGCCUGGAUGGAGGGAAACUAUGGAGAAAUAUCAUAGAGAGGCACUUUAUGGUACUUGGGUAUCUGUGUUCACUUGCUUAAUUUUAUCCAGGUCCACGUUGCAUCGAGUGCUGGGUAAUGGUCAGGAGAGAUAUUCUAUUGCAUACUUUGUGGAGCCUAAUCACGAUUGUCUUGUUGAAUGCUUGCCCACCUGCCAGUCGCAAGAGAACCCUCCCAAGUUUCCUCCUAUCAAAUGUGAAACUUACAUGCUCCAGCGGUACAAGGAUACUCAUGCUGCUCUCGAGUCAUACGCAAAAUGAUUCACCAAACUCUGUUGUCAAUAUUACUGGGAUUUUUGUUUCAAGUGUAGAACACAGAGGUUAGCUCCUUUCUGCUAUAGUUUGUAUGGAAACAGGUUCUCUUAGUUGAAUAUUGGAGAAAUAUCAUGUAAUCUUUUUUUGGUUGCAAAUGUAAUGUUGAUAUAUAUGUAAAACAUAUAUGAGAAUAUGCGAAAUAUUUAUUAAAAUUUAAA